UCCGUUCUCUCCCGGUCACCAAACUAGGUGGGGCCUCCAGGGAAGCGCAGCCACCAUGGCUCUGAAGUCCCUUGUCCUGUUCUCACUGAUGGUCCUGGUGCUGCUGGUGCUGGCGGGGGCCCGGCCUUCCUGGCCGAAGUUUGAGAAUGAUCACAUGGACCCCGGAAACGGCCCCUUUGGCCCCAACUACUGCAAAAAGGAGAUGAAGAGCAGAAAUAUUUCAGGGAAGCAGUGCAACACCUUUGUGCACGAGCCCAUGGAGGCUGUCCAGGCUGUCUGUCUCGAGCCAAAUAUCACCUGCAAGAAUGGGCGGGACAACUGUCACAAGAGCAGGUCCCCAAUGAGCAUCACAGAGUGUUUCAGGAAAAAAGGGCGCUCCAGUUACAAAGCUAUUAACGAAAAGAGAUACAUCAUCAUUGCAUGUAAAGGGAACCCUCUGUUGCCCGUCCACUAUGAUGGCUCCGAAGAGGUCUCAUCUGAGGCCAGAUAGAGAUGUACUCCCACCCCCACUCAUCCUCAUGGCCCCUACUCUCCUGAGCUUUUUCCUCUUUGCCCCAAUGGGAAUAACUCAAGUUGGGCUCCUUGCCAUCCCACACCAGCAUCCCUGCCUGAGGCUUGUACCAUGUGGCUUUGGGGGUGAGACACGCUUGUGUGGGGCCCCCAGUUAACUUCCUCACUGCCUCUUCAAUAAAACACACUUGCAACCUGAAGCUGCCCCAGCCAAGGCCUGUCUGUGUGAUGCUUCCCUGCAGG